AUGGCUACAGCCGCCGCGGCCCCCGAUCUUUCGCUCCAUAUCCGCCCUCCAUCGCCGCCCGACGAUGCUAGGAGCAGUGGCGGCGGCCAAGCGAACCACGAAACAGGCGUGUUGUUCUCCAGGCCGACGCUGUGUCUUGGACUUGUUGAGACGACGACGACGGCGCAGCAGGAUGGCCAAUGCGACAUCCAGCAGCAGCAGCAGCGGCUGCACCAACCUAGCCAGAUCCAGAGGUUCAAGAAAAGCUCAUCGGCGACGUCAUCCGGAGGCACAACGAGAUCUGGGAAUAGCAGCGGUGGUAGAAAGAGGAGCUCCAGAGCACCGAGAAUGAGGUGGACCACGGCUCUUCAUGCACACUUCGUGCAUGCCGUAGAGCUCCUUGGCGGCCAUGAGAGAGCAACGCCAAAGUCAGUGCUGGAGCUCAUGAACAUUAAGGAUCUCACAUUGGCUCAUGUUAAGAGCCACUUGCAGGCAAAUGUAUCGAACAGUGAAGGGAACGACGGCAGACAGAUCAUGUGCUGCAGGCCAUGUGCAGAUGAUGAGAGGUAUGGGCUUUCUGCAGAGGGGUUGUGA